AUGGAUUUGAUGGAUGUAGACGCGGGCAGUGGCUGUGGAGAAAAAAACUGCGGCCUUACGUCCGGCUUCCCGGAGGACUGCUCCAACCAAGAGUGCCACUGGGAGGAACCUAUGUUUGGACUGAUUGAAUUAGUGUGCGUGACUGUGAUUUACAUCCCCCUGAUGUUAUUUGGCCUCCUGGGAAAUAUACUAACAAUUUUGGUGGUUUGGCUGCGUCCACACAUGAGAACCUCCACCUACCUCUACCUGAGCAGCAUGGCCGUUAGUGAUCUGCUGAUUCUCCUGCUGCUGCCUCUGGAUUUAUAUAAGCUCUGGAGGCCCAGACCCUGGCCCCUGGGAGAUCUUGCCUGUAAGCUGACUAUGUUCCUCUCAGAGUGCUGCACCUUCUGCACCAUCCUCCACAUCACCUUCCUCUCCCUGGAGAGGUACCUGGCAGUCUGCUGGCCGAUCACAGCCAAGACAGUAGUGACACGGCGCAGAACCCGGGCCAUCAUAGGCUGCCUCUGGCUAAGUGCAGCUGUGAGUGCCGCACCAGUGCUGGUCAUGGUUGGAGUUGAGGACGUUGGAGGAGAAGACCUCGGGCUCGUCCAAUGGAAGGAAGACGGGGGGUGGACAGGCAGGGAAGGAGAUCAGGGAGGGUUUACGAUGGGUGGAGGAGAAAAAGAAAGCAGACACAUGAUGAUGUUGGAUGGAGCUCUAGAGGGAAUAAAGUGGGGUGAAAAAGAGACAAAGAGUUGGGAGGAACGAGUCGGUGAGCUGAAAAGGAUUGGAGAAAAAAUGAAGACUGAAACAGCAGAAGUAGAUAACAGGCCACCAGAAAGCAAAGGGGAAAUGACACAUGAAAAACAUACAGUUGUAGAUGGAAGGGAGGGAGACAGAAAGAUGGGAUUUGAGGGAGAGCAGCAAAACAAAAAGGAAGACGAGGGAGGAGGAAAGGAUGGAAGCUCCAGUGAAGGCCGUGGGGGAGAGACUGACAAGAGAGAGUGCCGCUGUACACAUUUCGCCAUCUCCUCUGGCCUGUUGUCGGCCAUGAUGAUCCUCUCCAAUUUGUAUUUCCUGGUACCUCUCUGCAUUCUGGGACUGGUAUAUAGUCUGAUUGGGCGCACACUGUGGCUCCGCCCAAAAAGCAGCCGUAGAGACCAGAGUCACAGGAACACUGUCAAAAUGCUGGGAGUGAUCGUCUUGGCGUUCGUCUUGUGUUGGCUGCCCUUCCAUGUUGGUCGAACCAUAUUUUCUCUUUCUCUGGGCACUGGGACUGAGAGACAGGAAACUUACUUGGACACUAACUCCCAGUCAGACACUACGACACAUCCUGAUGUCAGCAUGGACAGAAAAGAUGUCACCAUACCCACCGUUAUUAACCCACCUAGCCACUUAGACUUGGACAUGAACACUGAAACACUGAUCUUCUGGGAGAAACUGCAAAAUGUUGCUGGGGAGAAGUACAUCUGGAAUAAGCUGGAUACCCUGCAACCAUCAACAGAUUUCAGCUAA